UCGCCCCUCGUCGCCCCUCCCCCUCAUUCUAGUUCCCAGGCGCGUCAUCCCUCCUCAACCACUUCUUGGUCCCCUGAAUCAUGGCCACGUAACAAUCGUUCUCGACUUCUUCAACCACCUUUUCCCUCUUCUCUUCACUUCACUUUCCCUUCACUUCUCUUCAUAAUUGUAAUUUCUACUGUGUUAGUAGGACGCUCUUUGCUUCACCUAAUACCCGUACUUCGAGCUUCGGUAUCACGCUAUCCCACCAUGUCAACCAACAACGCAGCUAACGGCUGUUCCAACGGCGCCGGAUCCGAACUGGCAUUCAAAGGUGUCUAUGUAGCUGGAAAGCCGGAAUAUACCCGUUGGGAUAUCUGCUGCAAGAAGGGUAUCAUCGAAUCACUAGAUGAGCAUGUGCCUGACAGCUCCGGUUCGAGCAAUGAUGUACAAUUCCUCUGCCCAAGUCUCUGUCACCCGCACAUCCAUCUGGACAAGUGCUUUCUCCUUUCACACCCGAAGUAUGCGGACUUGGAGAUCGAGAAGGGUGACUUUGCUGAGGCGAUGAAGUUGACUAGUAGGUGCUUUUCAUUACUUGUACUCCAGUCCCCAUCUCUUAUGCUUUCUCAGGUGAAGCAAAGUCCCGAUUUGAACGCAAUGAUCUGAUGGAGCGCGGCCGGGCUCUGAUCGAAGAAAGCAUCAACUUUGGAGUUACCCAUCUCAGAGCCUUUGUCGAAGUCGAUCUUACGGUCAGGUUCAAAUGUCUCGAAGCCGGUCUGGCACUUAAGCAAGAAUUCAAGGACAGAUGUUACGUCCAGAUUUGUGUCUUUGCUCAAGAUCCAAUUGUCAGCUAUCGAGACAAGGGAAAAGCAAUGAUGAAGCUACUUGAUGUUGCCGCGAACAAACCUGGCGUUGAGGCAUUUGGGAGCACUCCUUAUGUAGAGCAAGACGGAAAUCGUGAAAAGCAGAUUGCAAACAUGGGAUUUGCGAUCAGGACGGCGAUCCGGUAUGGACUUCACCUGGAUUUCCACAUCGACUACAACCUGGAUCCAAAUACUCCAAGCAUGAUGGCAGAUGCCCUAGAGCUACUCCAUGCCUUGAAAUGGCCGUCAAACUGGAACCACCAUAGCCAUCGGAGCAUCUCUUUUGGACAUUGCACUCGCCUCACGCUGUUUAGUGAACAAGAUUGGUUGAACCUUCGGGAGAAAAUUAGAGGACUUCCUGUUGCAUUUGUAGGACUUCCUACGUCCGAUCUUUUCAUGAUGGGCAGACCGACUAAAGAGGAUGCUGGAGGUCAACGAGUAAGAGGUACAUUGCAAGUCCUCGAUAUCAUCAAAAAGUACGGCAUGAACGCGUCAUUGGGCAUCAACAAUGUCGGGAACGCUUUCACUCCUCAUGGUAGCUGUGAUCCGUUGAGUCUUGCAAGUCUUGGUGUUGGAGUUUACCAGGCCGCUACUAAGAAGGACACCGAUCUGCUAUUUCAAUGUGUAUCAAAUCGGGCAAAGCUGGCUAUGGGCAUCGAUCUGCCGGUUUCGUGCGAAAUUGACAUUGAUGUCGGAGACCCAGCUGACUUCGUGGUCUUUGGCAAUCAAUCCGCUAGCAGGUCUGGCGCAUUCAGGGCGAGGAAAACGGUCUCGGACUUAGUCAACGAUCCCUCUUCAAACAGAAUUACUGUCUUCAAAGGGGAAGUAGUCAGCAGAUAGAGAGGGCGUGGCGUCAAAGGCGGAGUCUCGAGCUGGCACGAGAUAUUAAUUGUAAUGUCUCACGUGUGCUUGUCAGUCAAAGAAAUGGAAUCCUGGGGGCCUAGGCACCGCUGCGGUCAGCCUGCCUGGUUGCUUGGCUUGAUGCGCCUCAGAUGUUACGAAGCAUACGUAUAAGUAAUGAGAGCAGUCUCCUAGUGUAUAAAACAAAAUAAGAA